AUGCAAGCUUCUCAGAACCCCUGGGCUCCACCUGCCCAAACAAGCAACGCACCAAACCCUACUGGCCAAGUCCAUAACAAUAAUGUAGAUGUUAGCCAAGCUAUCCAGCAAGCACUUGAUCGGCAAGCUGCUAAGCAUUCAGAAGAAAUGUCAAACCUAGCAAAGCGAUUUGAAGCAAAACUCCUCGGAAAAGGAAAAGGGACAUCGUCGAAGAAGAAGAACCCGCCAAGCACCCAAGCCAACCAACCCAGUACCUCUACCUCCUCGAAGGGGAAGCAAAGCACUGUCCCUAAGGCCCCACCGGUUUCAACCCCUCGAAGAAUCGAUCGAGCUGCUUCUGCCCCACCUCAGAGUGUUAACGUUACCCCGAAGAACAAAUCGAAAGGACCUCUCAAGUCCGUCAGGGAGAGAAUUGCCGAAUCCAAAGGACCAUCUCCGAAACGACAUCCUCAACAGAUGCAGACUGGAGACUUCCCCUCAGAAUUCACCACGACCAAGAAUGCAAUGUUCAUUCAUAUUAAGAUCCUUUGGGGUCUUCUCAAGGAAUCGUCUGUCCCCAAGGCCCCCGAAUUACGUGAUCUCCAAGAAUUCUACAACCGGUUUUCAAACGAUGCUCAAGUUCAAGCAGCGGCUUCUUCUACUCAGUCCCCUGGUAUCAUCAACUCGAGCGAGGUUCAAUGCUUCAAGGAUGUUCAAGGUGGCCGUAUGAAACUUGGAAAAUCGAUUAUUCACAUUCCAGACAACCAGGUUCGGUACGCUCGUGGACUCCUGACCCGCCUUGGUUUGCGAGUUUGGUGCCCAAACCUUGAAGAGGACGCCACAUCUCUCUACAAUGCAGCUUGUCGCAUUGCCGCCAUCACCACCUUUCAAGAAAUGGCGGUUUCCCACGCAUACGAUUAUCUUAACAUUAACCCGAAGAUGGUAACCGCAACCGAUCUCCUUAUCCAAGCUUAUAACCACUAUGUUCACUUUGUGGUGUUCAAGAAUUACAACAAAGAAAAGAAGGAAAGCGGAAAGAUCGAAAAGGAUUCUCUUAAAAGAAAGCACCAGAAGAAUCGAGAGCGUCUUCGAGAUGAACGAGUGGCAUUCGCAAGAGCAAACAAGUUGCCUACCCGCUACAUCGAAAUGUUACUACCUGUUGGGGCCCACAGCGAUGACGAGGAAUCAGAAAAGGGAAAAUUUUGGAAAAUAAAGACUCUUCCUUAUCGCUCGGCAAAUGUGGGGAAGUUUAUGCGCCGAUUAGAUAACCGGAUGAUGGACGCAGCCAUCCAAGAGCCAAACCACAAGCGCCGAAUUCGUCGAUUACCUAAAGAGCCUAUCAUUUCGGAUUUCAAGACCGCACCAAAAGGACUCGCUCUUGACUUUUAUGAUCCUGACUGGUUUAAGAAACUAUCGCCAGCUCAACAAAACACGAUUCCAAACCGUCGCAAAGCCGCUCUGCUACCCAAUGCAAAUGAGUCACUCUUGCCAACAGGUCAAACUCAUCCGGACGAAAAGUUAAAGGAUACCACCUUUAACCGAAUCUAUCUCGACAUCCAUUCGGCUGCUUAUGCACCUCCUAAUGGAGAUGAAGACGAGGUUUCAUCUGGUGAAGAGAACGAUGGCGAGGAGGAGGGCGAAGAAGGGGAAGGAAACGACAAGACUGGUGAAAGCUCCGAUGCUUGCGAUGACGAGUUCUUCGAAGAAGGUGAUGCUGGGGAUCUUUAUGAUCCACCAGCAAAUUUCACUGACGAUGAAGAAGUUGAUGAUGGUGAUGAUGAUGGAGAAGAAGAUGGCGAUGACGAUGAUGACAACGACCAGGAGGAUAGUAAUGGUGAACUUAUAGGUGCUGUUCACGAUGAUGAUUACGAUGAGGAAAUGUAUGGUUUAGAUGGAGAGGCUCAAUGGUCGUAA